CGGCUGGGCUGAACUUUAAAUAAUUAAUUUAUCCAGGCGUUAAUUAAACCAACAGAACGCUCGAAAUGAAUAAAAACAUCGGAACAGUGAAACAGCAGUGGGGCAAAUAAUGCCCGCAUUAAAACCACGACUAUCUAGAGCAGAUGCUACAGUGAUGCUAGCCGCAGAGCUAACAGUCACACCCGCUUUGAUCUGCCGCCUGUACUGCAUACUGUACAUGCCCACCAGCAUUUAUUAACAAAACAACCAUCCCAUGCUGUAAUCUGCGAAUGACUGCAUGAAGCUGAGCGACAAUGGACUUGAAGAGGGAAAAGGACAAUGAAACAGAAUGUGCAAAGAUCACCACUGUGCUUCUGAAGUCCCGCACCGGGGAGUUUGAUUUGGAGUCCAUUAUGUUUCUGAAACUAAGGAAUUUAGGAAUUUAUGACCUUGGAUGUAUAGGAGAGUGUAUAAACCUGGAGAGGCUGGACCUCUCUGGAAAUAACAUCACAAAUCUGGGGCCUCUUUCAUCUCUACGAAGACUUCUUGUUCUUAACUUGUCAGCCAAUAGAAUCUCUAAUUUAGAACCCCUUUCCAGCUGUGAAAGUUUACAGAGUUUGAAUGUUGCUGGUAAUGUGAUACUAAGUGUUGAUAAUCUUCAUGCACUCAAGUCUUUAAAGAAGCUGGAGAGCAUCAGAUUGAAGGACAACACCUAUAAUUACACCAAUCCAGUCUGCAAGAAUUCAUUAUACCGGACUCUUAUUCUUGAAAUUUUCCCUAACAUGAAAGUGUUGGAUGGUGAAAGGGUGGUGGGACGUGGAAGUGACUUAUACCAACUAUGCAAAGACAUUGAUGAUACCAUUAAAGCAGGCAUGUAUAAAAAUGGCCACCUGCCUGAGUUGCCAGACACCAAACCUUGGGUGGAUGAUGGUUUUUGGGAGAUAAAAAGAUCAAACAAUGCCAUAGUUGAUGAAGCCUAUAAACAAUUCAGUGAUGUUCUUCAUGAAUGCAGGCUGCUGAACAGUCGAGCAGCCCACGUGAUCUCACAAAAUGAACGAACCGUCAGCCUCAAGAGCCAACCAAAGCAGUAUGCUGUUUAAAUCUGGGAAUCUCAUUACGUUUCCAUAAGAAUGCAUAUGUUUUUUUCCCACAGCUUUUUCUAUGUCUUUUUAAAAGUCCAUAAGCUUGAUGCAUCACCGGUGCCAGAAAUACAAAAUGCUCCGUGUUGCCUGCAGUGUGAGGGUUUAGUUUUUGUAACUACACUUGAGUUCUUUCUGAUUUUCCACCGUUUAGAGAGACCGUAGUUACUCCUAAUCCGGUUUGAUCACUGUCUCAGGAUGUUCAGAAUCAAGACAAUUCCUCUUUGCACUCCUAACACAAUGCUGUAUUUAACGUUAUGCUUUAAAUUAUGCUUCAAAUGCUGCUAUUUGUAUAUUUCGUAAUGGUGAAGCACUUAUUAACCA